UUUGUUUGGCAACAACACUACAACAUUACCUCUUGUGUAACCAGUGCUGAUACACUCGACAUCGAUUUUUCUUCUAGGAAAACAAACAUCCCUCAUUUUAACUGAGCAAAGACUGAACACCGGUCCCUUCUUUUUGACAACACACCAGGACCAACAUGGUCGGAUUCCGCUGUUUUCCGGUAAUCCUGUGGCUGGCUCUGACCGCCGUGCUGGGCUCGGUACUCGGGCUUGGUGAGGACCUCGACCGGCCUUUGUUCGGGCCUCCUGGCUCUUCUAUCCGUCUGCAGGAGUCGGAUCCAGGCCUGAAGAAGGCUCUGGAGUUCGCCGAGGAGCGCUACAACCGGGGCUCCAACGCGAUGCACCUCCGCAAAGUCAGCCGGCUCAUCUCUGCCACCAAACAGCUGGUUAAGGGUAUCCGCUACACUAUAACAGUGGAACUGAGUAACACUCAAUGUAAGAAAUCCACCAUGCUCAGGACAUGUGACUUCUAUCCCGUGUCACAGAAACUCAAGACGGAGGUAUGUGUUUUUGAAGUGUGGGACGUUCCCUGGCAGGGCACUUCGACUCUGCUCAAACAGAAGUGCCAACCUAAAGUUGAACCUCAACUAGAGGAGACCAACAAGGUCGUGGACGCAUUCACCAGCAAGCCCCUGGAGGAGUCUGUGGAGCUGUUGGGCCAGUUCAAAGAGUUCAUGGUUAAAUACAACAAGGUCUACAGCAGCCAAGAGGAGACCGACCGUCGGUUGCGCAUCUUCCACGAGAACCUGAAGACUGCUGAGAAGAUCCAGUCUUUGGAUCAAGGUUCAGCUGAGUAUGGAGUCACCAAGUUCAGCGACCUAACUGAGGAAGAGUUUCGCUCUACGUACCUGAACCCGCUACUGAGUCAAUGGACUCUUCAUCGACCAAUGAAACUGGCCUCACCUGCCCGAGACCCCGCCCCUCCCAGCUGGGACUGGCGGGAUCAUGGAGCUGUCACACCUGUUAAGAACCAGGGUAUGUGUGGAUCCUGCUGGGCAUUUUCUGUUACGGGCAACAUUGAAGGCCAGUGGUUCCUGAAAAAUGGCACGCUGCUGUCCCUCUCUGAACAAGAGCUGGUUGACUGUGAUGGGCUAGACCAGGCGUGCCGUGGAGGGCUGCCGUCCAAUGCUUAUGAAGCUAUUGAGAAGCUGGGUGGUCUGGAGACAGAGACUGACUACACCUACAGCGGGCACAAGCAGAGGUGCGACUUCACCACCAUGAAGGUGGCCGCCUACAUCAACAGCUCUGUGGAGCUGUCCAAAGAUGAGAAGGAAAUUGCAGCUUGGCUGGCUGAGAAUGGACCAAUCUCUGUUGCUCUAAAUGCCUUUGCCAUGCAGUUCUACAGGAAGGGUGUGUCUCACCCUUUGAAAAUCUUCUGUAACCCCUGGAUGAUCGACCACGCUGUGCUGCUGGUGGGAUAUGGAGACCGUAACGGUGUCCCAUUCUGGGCCAUCAAAAACAGCUGGGGGGAAGAUUAUGGAGACCAGGGUUACUACUACCUAUACAGGGGGUCCAAUGCGUGUGGGAUCAACAAGAUGUGCUCAUCUGCUGUAGUCAACUAAACCACUAACACUACACAUUCUCACACACACACACACACACACACACACACACCAUCAUACUACAUGUACCAUAGCGGCCAGCUGACCUCACCCUUACAGUACACACACACACACACACACACACACACACACACACACACACACACACACACACACACACACAUUUGAUCCAUUGUUUCCGUUAAACCAGAUGUUGCACCUUCAUACCUCACACCUCGUGUUACUAUACUAAAAACAUACCAGCUCUAAUUAAGCUAGUGUUUUUGAGAAAUUUUUGAGUGAUUUUAAAGUAGAUUUUAUUUGCAUUUUGUUCCGCAAGUCAUAAAGAUUGCUGUGUUUUAGGCAGUAUUGGUUUUAACUCUCCUCAUUGUAACUGAGCCCAUGAUCAAUAAAGAAUGUGCACUAAUUCUAGUUAGACUGCUGUCUUGUCAGUUUUCUUGGAUGUUUUGUUUCCAGUGUUUCUGCUAAUACUAUGUAGUACUUUUGAAAGAUGGGAGUUUUACCUUAUGUAUUGGUCUGCACAUUACUCCAUAGCUGCAAUGCAAUUGUAAAAACUGCUGUAAGACAGUGAGAAAUGAAUGAUGGUUGAAUAAAGAAUUGUGGAAGCCUG